UUGCGUGUUUUUAAUAAGCUGUUCAUUUAUUUGGCUGAUGUGGAAAACAAAAGCUUAUUUUAUUUUGAAUUUUCAUAAAUUUUUCCUCAACUUCUGGUAUUAAGCGAUGAGAAAUAACAAACAAACUCUAAUACUCUGAGUUAGUAAAGGUUCAGUGCCUUGAGGUGCACGACGUGCUACGGAUUAAAAAACCAAAAAAAAAAAGAAAAAAACCUAAAAAAAAUUUAAACAUUUUAAUGAAUUGGAAUAAUAAACAAAUAUUGGAAUUUAAUUGUUAAACAAAACAAAAAAAAGAAACAAACAAAUAACAUUUAGUUAGUUUUUCUAAGCAAGUGAUUAACAAACAACAUAAUUGAAACAAUUUUGUUAAUUCACAAUUACAAGGAAACUAAAAUAGAAAAUUGAAUGCAAAACUAAAACAAGCAUAAAAAUAAAAGCAAAACACAAAAAACAAAAAAAACUAUAAAAUGUAGUAUGAAGUCAUCUUCCGUUAAAUUUGCAUUAUUUAAACAAAAUCACAAAACAAACAGAAAUAAUGAUUUAAUACUUGAACAUCAAAAAUAAGAGUAAAAACUAAAACUAAUUAAUGCAUUUUAAAAGAAAGAAAAAAUUAAUUUCAACAAUAGAAUAAUGAGAAAAUUACACUAUACAAAAUGGCUAGACAAUAUGAAAUUUAAUGAUCAAGUGAAAUAAUUGUAUUUGGACAAAAAAUAAAAAAAAGAAACAAACAUAAAACAUUAUUCAAAAAAUAAUAACCAAGUAAUAAUUAACGCACACUUUUACAAAACUAUAAGGUCACUCACGAUCACGCUCAAGCUCAAUCACUCCGUCAGUCGUCUAAAAAGUGACACAAAUUAAAUGAAUGAACUAUUUCAAAUGAUCGAAUGGUGGUGAUUUUACUAUUGCCGCCAUAUUCUACAAAUGGCUGUGAUGGAAGAUCAAAUGAAAGCAGCAGUACUGCCACAUCGACAACAUCAACCGGCGAGACUGCCAUACCAAAUAUCGACUAUAAUCUACCACAACAUCAACUGCAAAUUGGCAAAUCAUUCGAAGAUUACAAUAAUAAUAAUCAAAAAACUGCAUCAUCGUAUUAUUACACUGCCCCACCACCAGAACCACCUGCAGAUUAUUAUCAAUAUAGAGAAAACGCUAACACAACAUCUACUACUACUACUACUCCUCAGCCUCAACAUACUACCCCUACUACUGCUUUACCAGAAAAUACUAGUCAUUAUAAAUAUACUUCAGUUUCACCACCCCCGCCACCUUUACCCAAAACCAAACCACCCAAAUACAAGGCGGGUAGAUCAAAGCCACAUGAAUUUGACUUUGAAUUUGACCAAAGUAACAACAAUGUCAAAAUAUGUGCAAAUAUUGUACCAAAACCACCUCGCUGCAGAUCACAGUCACAUCCGACUUUGGCCACAAUACCAGAGCAUACAAUACAACAUCAACAGCCUGCAAAGAAAUCACCACCGACCACAGUUCCCGCAAGCACACCGACGACCACUACUACAACUGCGUUUCACAAAACCCACAAUAAAAGCAACAGCAACAAUAACAACAACAACUAUUUACUACCCUCAACCUCAAAGAAAUCCAAAUCUCUUAAGAACUCUAAUUAUAUUACUAACACCACUAACUAUGUACGUCACGUAACCCGUGUUAAUUUCUAUGAUAUCGAUACUUCCCAGGUCGAAUACGAAUCGAAGGAUUAUGAUGGCGACGAUAACGAUAAUUUAACACUAGACGAUGAAAAUAAUACGGAAGCUUUAACCAAAGAAGAAGAAUGGAUAACAAAACGAAAAACCGAAUUAACAACAACACGUCAAAUCGAAACUCAUGUCAAACGUCAAGUGGUUUUCGAAGAUGGCAAAGUAAUCGAAGACAGUGGACCCAUUGUAUCAACAAAUACCACAGAGGAUACGGAUAAACAAGAAACUGAAACAACAGAGAAACGAGAUUUAGGUUUACCAGUUGCCUUAAAUCCCAACGAUAUUAAACACAAAGGUGCUUUGCAAUAUGGCAAAGAUACGGGAGUUGCCGCAGCCGCUGGCGGAGAAGGAGGAGGUGGUGGCGCAGAAUUGGCAGAAUUGGAAAAUGCUGGGGGCACAUUAGUCAAGAGCAUUGUGCCUAGACCGGCUGAUGGUCUAGUGAGAGAGAUCAAUGAGAAACGGGUAGUGUCGCAUGAAGAAACAAAAGAUUAUAUUGAAACGGAAGAUGUCAAACAUAUGGGCGAUUUUUCCGAUGAGGCCUUUGUAAAAGCUGUAACUAGUGGUGUAGAAAACGUAGAGGAAGUCUUACUAUCGCCAGAAUAUCAACAUCAGUUAGUGCCACGAGGACCUCGUUUAGUGGCCGAUAAAACAAAGUCUUUUAAAACAAUAGACUCGGAGAAUAUUCAGAAAAGAUCUUUGGCCCAGGAUGAUGGUAAGAUAAUAACUGAAUCCAAGAAAACCACCGAGCACGAGGAAAUUGUGGAUGACGAACUACCAGACAACAAGUCCGUCGAAAGUACAGAACAAAUAAAAACUUUAGAAGCCAAUCAGAGAUAUUUUAAACAACGCGAUGAACAGCAUGUGGAUAUUAUCAAAGAUGGCAAAGUGGUAGGCACUGAAAUGAAAUACGCUGCCGAGACCAUGCACAUGGAAAAUGAUGAUAUGCUGGAACGUCCAGGUGAUUGGGAUAGUUUAUCAGAUCGUAUGAAGAAAAUGCGCAAACCUCACAAUAAAUCUAUAAUGCAGCACCCUAAGGGGGGUGUUUUAAUGGACCGCAAGGAUGCCCUUACCAAACGUCCCUUAGAUUUCGACAAAGAAGAAGAAACUCGCAAAGGGGAAACUAUCAAGUGGCUGGAGUCACAUUUCGGUAGCGAAUCAACUGCUUCUAAUGACUCGCGUGAGGAUGAAGUUGAUGUCAUCGAACCAACUAAGAAAACUUACUUUAAUGUUACUAUCAAAUCUAAUCAAAACCACACAACUUCCAAUGCCCACUAUGAUACGAACGACAAAAAGACCUAUGUCAAACGUGGCGUUAACGAUGCUCCACCCACAGCCAAUAAUGGAGCAAAAUACUAUCAAGGUAUAUCGAAUUGGAAUAAUCGCAAUGAACCGACUACAGCCACAACAACACCAGCUAAUCAUUUUGCUUCCAAAGCAUUCCGUGAUGAUCUCCAUGCUUCCAUAGAACGUAAUCAAUUGAAAAAAACGAGUGCUGUGUAUUCUAAGAAGGAUAGUUAUGUUGGUGACACUAAACCAUAUAUAAAACCCAUGCCCAGCGAUAGUUAUGUUAGUCGCGAAGACAUACUGCAGCAGAAGAGACAAAGUCUCUCCUCGCAAUUUCUAGCCAGAUCAAGGCAAAAUUCACGCGAUCAUUUAGAUGAUUUGGACAAGGCAGGUCCGAGUUCGUUCGAGGAAAGCCGUUAUAUAAGUGGCUCACGCACAGACCUGCACUAUGGCAUGAAUAUCAAGGAUAAGGAGAAGCGCAAUUACACUAGAGCCGAAAUAAUAGAUGAUGUAGAUUCACCAGUGCCACCACGUAAAAACUCCUAUGUUGAGGAGAGAGCAAAAUCGUAUGAACGCAGCUACAUAGAGAAUGCACGUUAUAACUCCCUACGCAGAGAAUCGCAGCAGCAUGAUUCUCCCUCGCCCCACAGGGAAGUGAGUACUUUAGAAAGACCCACCGUACCACAACGUAGAAGAAAUGGCGAAAAGAAAUUACGCCAACAUAGUGAGGUGUUAUCGGAAAUAAAAACUCCUCUGCAACAAGUGCCAAUUGAUGUGGCAGAACCGCCACCCGACUAUUCACCACCACCCAGAAGUCGAUCAUCCUCUCCUAGAGAAAAUUACAAUCAUCAUGGCUUAAGGGCCAAACCUUAUGCCCACUCACAACAGCAAAUGUAUCCACCCUCAUCAGUAAUGGAACAACAGCCGAGGGAAGCUCAAACUUUAAACAGAAAACAAAACCAACGUACUAGAUUUGCUCGCAAUACACCAUCUCCUCCUGUGGCUCUGUCACAACAUCAAACUCUAAGACCGAGCAUGUUGACACAAACUACUCAGACUACACCGUCCACCAUUUCAACAUCUACAGUCGCAUCUCAUCGGUCCAGUAAAGUAGGACAGGCUAUAGGCAACUCUUUGCGAAAACUUGUUGGCAAACUGAGAUCAGCCAGUGUUGAACGUAAAUUACGCAUGAAAUCCAAGUCAAAGUCGCGUGAGCAAUCUCCAGCACCGGCCACCCAUCAAGAGCAACAAAAUCUACGCACCUAUCAGCAAUACAAUGUCAUCGAUAGCCAUAUAGGAGGAAAUCAUCAUACCACCUCCCACGAUGAGUCUGAAGAGGAAUUCAACAGUCAACAAAGAAGUCAUUAUCCACCGGGACAAGAAGCCCCAAAUAAAACAGCAGAACAUGCUGCCUACACCAAUGCAAGCGUAGAUCGAAGGGCACUUCUACACUCAACUUCUUCUCAUCCAGUAGGUAAUAAUCGUGACAAUGGCUAUCGAGUAAUGAGUCCAAAGCAUCGUUACUAUUUGGGCGAAGAUCCCUACUCCAGCACCUUGUAUGGUAAAGAAAAUGUACAUGAGACUAUAAAAAUGCGCAAUGGAGCUCCCCCACCGCCAACGACCUACAACAACAGAGAAAGUUCAACAUCUUCUCACACCUUAGGCCGUUAUCAGAAGAGCAAUCAGCGUAUGUCGGGCUCAACGCCCAAUUUAAAUCAGGCUUAUCGCACCACCCAGACAUUGCCGCGUAAACUCAACGAUCAUCCAUCUGUGCAUCAUUACGAAACACAAACCGUUAAUAUAGCCCGAUCUAAUGCUACUAGUAAAGUACAAAGCAAAUUGCGGCAACAGCAGCAAGCGCCAGCUGAACAACGCAUAUCCUAUCAACCGAUUAGUCAAAACACUGGACCUCUUAAGCCGGCCAGAACUUAUGCAAAGUCGCUUAAUCGUAGCAAAUCAUUUAGUGUUCAUGCCAUGAAUGGUAGCAAUGAUCCUAGUCCCAUUUAUAUGGAAAAAUUAACGAGUAACAACUACACGAACAACAAUCUACACUCUAGCCAGGCAUACAAGUCAAAUCCUCAUCUCUACUCUAGUUCCAAGGAAAAUACACUGCAACAAAGUGCCCUCAAAAGUCCAUCGAUUGUAAAUCUAAUAAGUCGUAGUCAAAAGGAUUUAACAAAAAUAGGAACGAAUGAAGACGACACCGAUCAUUAUGCCGAAAGGCAAAUGUAUGCCCCCAAUAAUCGUCAUUCUGCAACGAAACAACAGCAGUAUGAAGAUAGAAAAGUUAUGCCAGCCUACAGAUCUGGUUCCUAUAUAGAAGACGAUUAUAAAUAUCGACCAGCUCCACAUUAUCAAUUGCAACAAAAGCAUUCAUUGGAAUCUCGCGGUUCCGUAGACAUAAACAAGGACACAGCUAGUAUUAUAAGACACGAAGAUUAUAUAAGGCAAAAAAGAAAUCCACCCUCUGGAUCCACCAUUAUUAAAGUACGCAACAUGGAUUAUAGAAAAUGAGAAAUUAACAUAAAGAAUUACAUACAUAUGUAUUUUUAAAAGAGGGUGGAUAAAGAAUUUAUAUAUAUUUUAUGAACUGAAAGAUUCAUCACCCAAAUUGGAACACACUCCCAUUUAUGCAACCUUUCUAAGCAGACAUUUCAAUACAACUCCGUAACUGAGAUCGUGGGGCUCACACAAAUAAUAACUAAUACAGAAAACCCUUGCUUCGGCUUUAGUUUCAUUUGACAUGUUAGCAAAUAAAAAUCCAAAGCCAUUUUAAACGAAUUUUUACGAAAUAUUCGGAUUUUUAAUAUCCGUAUCCUAAUACUAAUAUUUUUUUAAAAUAAAAUCAUAAAAACCAACCGUUAAUGGCUUCCAUUCUUAAUUUAAUACAAAAUAAAAUAUAUCUAAAUUAAAAUUAUUUAACCUAAAUAUCAAUUAAAUCAAAAAAUAAUAUUUUACUUUUUAGUUAAAUUAAAAAAUCAAUCAAAUUAAUUAUUUUAUUAAUAUUACUUAAGUAGUGUAAAAUCAUUUGUUAAAAGAAAAAAUAUUAAUAAUAACAAUUAAUUAUAAUCAGCUGACAUUAAAACAAAAAAAAUGUAUUAACCUAUGUUAAGUAUACCAUUUAUUGUGGUUGUCAAAUGCAAUAAAGUGCCAAAAUUUAAUAAAUUUGAAAAAAAA